AUGCUCAAGUUUGCCAACCCUCGAUGUAGGAUAAUGCUGAGGGUAAAAAAGGAAGAAACCAAAAACGCCCUUUGCAAACUCCAUCCCGCGGGCGGGCUGCAGGGCUUGGGAGGUGGAGGAGAGGCGCUAGACUGGUACUCCUCCGCUCCCGCGCCCCUGCGCUGCAGCCUCCGGGCUGUAGGGGCCGCUGCGGCGCCGAGCUCGCCGAGCGCGCUGGGCCGUUCUCUCCUGCAGGGGGAGACGAGGCGCAGGAGGAGAGGUGGAGCGCAGCGGGCGCGGAGAGGAGGUGACCUCGCGGCAGAUAUUGGGGCAGAUAUUCUGAAUAAGGAAGAGCAGUUGCAAGAAGCUGUACUCAAAGAACGUAUUGCAAAAGCAGAAGCUGACGUAUGGGCUAAGGCUGAUGAACGCCAAAGAGAAGCAGUGAAGAAAGCCCUUGAAGAAGCGAAUGACAUGCACAAAAUGAAAAUCCAGAUUCUGAAAGAGGAACAUCAAAAAGAUUUACAGGAAAUGGCAUCUAAGACCAAGAUCGAGUUGCAUCAAAACAUGGAGGAAGAACUGCAGCGAGAACACCUGGCUGCCGAGCAACGCAUGGUCCACAGGAUCCAGAGGAUCAUGAUGGAGUGCCACCGGGAGAAGGUCCAGGCCGUGGAGGAAGCCCGGGCCCAGGAGAGGCACAUAGCCCAGGAGGAGAUCCAGGCCCAGAGAAGAAAGGCCAUGGAGGAACUUUUGAGAGCUGGUGUCACAGUUAUGAAGGAUCAAAAGAAGAGUGUGAGCCAUCUGAUAAAGGAAAAAGAACAUGCGAUGAACGUCUACUAUUGCGUGGCUCAGAGACAGAAGCAAGAAGAGGUUCAGGAAGUGCUUCAAGAAGCAGAGAAAACACAUCAGGCCACGCUUGGAAAUGUGAUGGACAAACUGCUUAACACGCAGGGGGAGCUGCUGUCCAUGGCGAAGCAACUGGGAAUCAUGACAAAUUGGAAAGAUUUCCUGGAGGAGGAGUUACAGGAAACCAGGGUAGCGUUUCAAAACUACAUCAAUUAUACGUUUCCGAAGCUCUCACCGGGACAUGCAGAUUUUAUUCUGCCAGAAAGAAGGAAAACACCUUCCAAUCUUCUUACUCAGGAGAACCAAGCAACUCUUGAUUAGAAGUCUUCAUCUGAAAUGGCACUACAAAAGACAUUGUUCUAAAGACUAAAUAAAUUCCCUCAAAAACCAUUUAUUGAUCCCCGGUUAUGUGCAGGGGACUAGUGAGCUGUGAGCAUUUUGAUGGAAAACCAAAAUAUUCAAAAGCACAUUCCAGGCUACAAUGAGGUUCCAAGUCUAAUGGAGGAGAGGUAACAGUGAGGGGGGUCAAAACUGACUAGGAGGGAAAAAGAUUUCUUGGAAGAAGUCUAAACAUACUUCUGUAUCUGGCUUUACUCACGUUUACAUCAGACAUUUAACUAUUUUAGUAUUUGUUGCAGUUAAAAAACAGUAAAGGGACAUGUUCUUAGAUGGUUUCCAUUGUGGAGAGGUGUGUCUAGUAAUCCAGUAUGUCUAGUAAUCUAGUCUAAAGAUUAUUAUUUGGUGAACUGCAAUAGCUUUGUAGGAAAAAAAGCAAAAUUUCUCAGAUUCAAUAGGAUAAAACUUAAAUUCUGGGAAGCCUAUAUAAAAUAAUUCAGAAAGGACUCUCUUAUAUUUGCCAUUUGUGAAAGAAAAAUAUGUCUUUAGAGGUCAGAUUCCUUGCCUCAGGGAUGGGGAGUCCCCUUAUGUUUAUACCCAAGCCCAGGGGUGCUUGGAGCUCAUCUCCUGUAGGUCAAAAUGCAGAAAAUCAUUCUGUACCGCAAUGCUCAGGACCAACAAAUGUCAACAUCUACUGAAUUAAAAUGGAAGAAAACCCAAGCCAUAAAGACUGCUCCAAAAAAAUCUAUCCACUUUAAUGUAGCAUCCUUAAAUUAUUAAUCACCAACUUAUAUUGGUGGCUUUAAAAUUAAAUACCUGGAAAGCCAUUUUCAGUAAAUUAAAAAGUGCUAUUGUCAA